AUGGCUGGCAAGUUGAAGGUAAGGUAAAAAAUAGUUUUUUAGAGCGUGGGAUGAGAAAUGGGCUGUGUAGAUAAGGUACUGCUUUACGAUCGGACCGUCCUUGAGACUUGGAACAGGCCGAACCUAACAGUUAGGCUCCGGACCUCAAAAGUGGGCCCGGCUUGUUUCUCACGCCUAAUUAGGGCAUCUCUAAUACAAAUUGCCUCCAGAUUGGAAUUAUUGGCGGAACAGGUCUGGAAGACCCGAAGAUUUUCGAAAAUGCUCGUGAAGUUGAGUACGAUACUCCAUUUGGAAAGCCAUCCGAUAAGCUGAAGGAAGGAACGAUUCAUGGUGUGCCGUGUGUAUUGGUAUCUAGACACGGCAAGAAACACGACAUCGACCCAUCUGGAAUCAACUACAGAGCUAACUUGUGGGCGUUGAAACAGGCUGGUGGGUUAUAUUUUACUAAACACAUUAAAAAUGUUGAUAAAUUAGGUAUAAAGUUAAAUUUUUUAAGGAGUACACGCUAUUCUAGCGUCUCAUGCCUCAGGAAGUUUGGUCGAAGAAAUAAAACCUGGAGAUUUUGUGUUUGUCGACUCUUUUAUCGACCGGUAAGUUAAGAUAUCAGAAUUUUUUUCUAGGAUUAGUAAUUUUACAAUCUUGCCGUUUUAAAUUGAUAUUCUCUAUUUUUAGAACUCAAAAGCGUCAACAGACCUUCUACGGCAAAGGCGAGGGUGAACUGAAGGGCGUUUGUCAUAUUCCCUGUCAUCCUGCUUACAAUGAGAAGUUGAGACAGGUAAGACUAUUUGAACAAUUUUACAUGCCAGUAAUUUUAUAAACCUAUACUAUCUAUACAUGCCAGUAAUUUUAUAAACCUAUACUAUCUUCUUAUAUUACACUACCUUAUUUCAGACCUUAAUCAAAACCGCUGAAGCUCUACAAAUCCCUCACCACAAGAACGGUACCAUUAUCUGCAUCGAAGGCCCCAGAUACUCAUCUCGAGCCGAAAGUAACAUGUUCCGUCAAUGGGGAGCCACAGUAAUCAACAUGACUGUAGUUCCAGAAGUCAUCCUCGCAUUGGAAUUGGGCAUUCCCUACCAGUCGAUUGCUUUAUCGACCGAUUACGAUUGCUGGAAGGAUGAUACUGAAGGGGUCUCGGUCGAUUUGGUCGACCGAACCUUGAAGGCGAAUGCUGAGAAUGCAAAGAAAUUACUGGUCGAAGCUGUGGCUGCAUUGGCGAACAGAGAUAAGGAGAUGCUGGAGGAGUAUGAGAAGGCACAGGUAAGGGAAUUUUUUUUAUUUUUGGGGAGGGAGAGUAAAGUGGGCUUGUGUAAGGUUUUUCUACAAAAAGUGCUUAUGUUAUAGUAGAAAAUGAUCAAUAACUUGAUUCCCAAAACAAUCUUAAACCGUUUUUUUUUCUUUUUCAACAGAAAAUAUAAUAAUUUAUGUUACAGAAGACGGCCAAAGCUUCUAUUAUGGGUUGA